AUGGAGACUCUUCAAAUCGAAGCUGAACCACCAGCACCUCGUCUUCUGCUGCUCAAACUCAUCAGCUCGGGCUUCUCGUUCUUCGUGGCGGGGCUAAAUGACGGCAGUCUAGGUGCUCUUGUCCCAUAUAUCCGCCAGGAGUACGACAUAGACACUAAUAUGGUCUCCAUCGUUUAUGGGACUACCUUCUUCGGCUGGUUUUUUGCCGCGCUCACCAACAGCUUUCUAGGCCAGUACUUUAAUACUGGUGUCCUACUCCUUCUUGGGGCAGCGCUGCAGGUCCUGGCGCAUGCAUUACGCACUUGGGCCCCGCCAUUCCCGCUGUUCGCGGUGACGUUCUUCAUUGCCGCGCUGGGCCAGGCGUACCAAGAUACCCAUGCGAACAACUUUGUUGCCACUGUCAAGGGCGCCCAUCGAUGGCUCGGGUUUAUCCAUGCCAUGUAUAUGGGCGGCUGUCUGGUUGGACCCUUUGUGUCUACCGCGGUGGCGUCCUCGGGAAAGAGCUCGCACUGGGAGCUGUUCUAUACCACACCGCUGGGCAUGGGGGUAGUAAAUCUCGGGCUGGUCUGGGUGGCCUUCCACGAGUGGGCGACCAUGAGGCAGCGCGAGCAGGGCGGACGAGUCGAGGGUCCUGCGUCGCGCAAGCAGGAGGCGGCGACUGAGAUCAAGAGGACUCUUGCUACGCCGGCAGUCUGGCUGCUCAGCCUGUACUUCUUCUUUUUCCUUGGAGCAGCCAUCACCGCGGGAGGCUGGAUCGUCGAGUACCUGGUUCACGUCCGCAACGGUGAUCUCGACAAGAUGGGCUACGUGCCGGCCGGGUUCUACGGUGGCAGUUUUAUCGGUCGCCUGGUGCUCGCCGAGCCAACCUAUCGAUUCGGCGAGCGCCGAAUGAUUCUCCUCUACGUAGUGCUUUGCCUUGCCCUGGAGUUGGUCUUUUGGCUGGUUCCUAAUAUUAUCACGGAAGCCGUCGCGAUCAGUCUACUGGGACUCUUCUCUGGUCCAUUCUUUGCCACGCUGUUCGCAGCAGAGAUCCGUUCACCCGCGCUAGUGCCGCUGACAACGGCAGCCUUCAUCUUCCUCAUGGGACAGAUUGGAGGAUCGAUAUUUCCGGCCGUCACCGGCGUUAUUGCUGCGCGGUCUGGAGUCAAGGUCCUGCAGCCCAUGCUGGUCGGUUUGCUUGGAGCAACGGGAGUUUCCUGGUUGAUUAUACCAAAGCCGCGUCUGCACCACGAUUAA